CUUCAGUCAUCUGUUGCAUUCCAUUCCAUUUCGAUUAAUAGUUAUUAUUCUUCUAUUUCCUAAUCUUCUUCAACAGUCAAAAAUACGAUACGCGACAGGAGUGACCGUAGCAGGCCUUUUCUCGAUACUGCGAUAGUCGUACAAUUAUUGUUGAGUUCGACGUAAAAAUCAUUACCCGUACGUCAGUGUCGUCAGACAGACAUAAAAUUUCGUCGCCGACGUCCUGCCCUUGAUCAGUUGUGUAGGUAGGUACCUACGUCGUCCAUUAUACUACAUCAGCUAUCCGGCCAAUAGAUCUAAAAAUUCCGGCACAAUGGCUGACAACAAAGGACAGAGCACAAAAAAACCGACGGACUCCCAAAAGAAACUUCAAGAGUCUCAAGCUCAGGUUGAUGAGGUUGUUGGAAUUAUGAGAGUCAAUGUUGAAAAGGUAUUAGAACGAGACCAAAAAUUAUCAGAACUAGACAAUCGUGCAGAUGUAUUGCAACAAGGUGCAUCUCAGUUUGAGCAACAUGCUACAAAACUUAAAAGAAAGAUGUGGUGGAAAAAUUUAAAGAUGAUGAUUCUUUUGGGAGUUAUUGUAGCAGUACUUUUGAUUCUUAUUGUUGGGUCAUUCUUUAGUUCCAAUUAAGUAAUGUUGCUUAUGAACAGAAAAAGAAGAAUCAUCAUUUUACAUCCUGAAAGCAUUAACUUAACAUUAUUAUUUAAUAUAAAUUGUGAUAAAUAAUAAAUUAAUGAGUCACAAAAUUGCAUUUUUAAUAGAUUACAUUAUAUACAUAUUUGAACUUUUUGUCUGUUGCUAGAAAUAUUUUAU